UGCGCAAUUUGUACAUGCAUAGUGAUGAUUUAAAUUUGUUUUGUCCUGAUUAAGCCAUAAUUGCUUAAGUAUUUGGAUGUGCUAGUUACGGUUAAGGUAUUGUGUUUAUAAUGCCGUUUAAUUUUAGCGGAAAGAAAAUGUUGGUGACUGGGGCAGGGAAAGGCAUCGGACGUGGUGUAGCUAUUGCACUGAGUCAAAGCGGUUGUAAAGUUUAUGCUGUAAGUCGGACAAAGUCUGCGCUUGAUACGUUAGUGGAGGAAUAUCCAAGCAUUGUACCCAUCGAAGCUGACUUAUGUAAUUGGGACGAUACAAGAGUAAUUAUAGAAAAACUUGAAGCUUUGGACGGCUUGGUGAAUAAUGCUGGUAUAGGUGGUCAUGAUUACACAGCAUUGGAGUGUCCAAGAGAUUACUUAUGUAAGUUACUGGAUAACAACCUUCUUAGUGCAAUAAACUGUUCACAAGUGGUUGCUAAGAAAAUGAUAGAAGCCAAAGUUAAAGGAUCAAUAGUCAAUGUAUCAAGUAUAGGAGGCUUAGCUUCAUUUUCAAAUGCACUACCGUAUCACGUGUCAAAAGCUGGACUGGAUAUGGCAACCAAACAGUUAGCUCUAGAACUCGGACCACAUGGUAUCCGUGUGAAUUCCGUGAACCCAGCACUCGUUACGACACCAAUGACACAAGCGUACAUCGAGAAUGCGGGGGAAAGUGUAUUUAUUGAACGAUGCCCAAUGGGCAGGAUUAUUGACGUACAUGAAGUCGUAGAUCCUAUCCUUUAUCUCUUAAGCAACCACUCAUCCAUGGUGACUGGACAAACGCACGUUGUAGAUGGCGGCAUACUCUCUAACAUUACAGUCAAAAUCUAACUCUC